GGAGCCGCAGCUCAGUGUGACUCAGGGACUAACAGGUCUGGGACUUAGAGCAUCGCAAAGCAGGGACUUUAGCUGCAACAUCCAGGGGCCACACUCACAGCCCGGGGCCCAACACUAGUUCUCAGGAGACUUCAGCAUCUGUGACCCUCACAUAAUAAUUGCACUUUAUUCACCGACCGAUCCACACAAGCUGCGACUAGUGAUUCAACUUCCCCGGCGGCUGUGAGGGGCUUCAGGCGACCCCCAGGCUUCAGCCGACCCCCAGAAACUGCAAGAACUUCUGGUCAAUUUCUCUAGACAAAAGGGAAAGUAGCGCGAGUUUUUUGCGGAAUCCUGGGGAGCAGGGAGUUGUACAAUAUCCCCAUACACUUCACUUGCGCUGAAACAACGACGUCUGCCCUCCAACUGCGACUAAAUCGCAGGAAUAUCAUCACUUGGCAGCGACAGGUGUCCUCCAGCCUUCAUUCUUCUCUUCAUUCCCCAGCGGAGGAGACUAUGCAGGGACCCCUGUGCUGGCGGAGAUCCGCGGAGAGGAGCAGCAUGACGCCAAUUCUGCGACUUCUCUUGGUCACUGCUCUGGUGUCUUGUUGGAAACAGUCUCUAGUCGGUGCGAACUCCUGGUGGUCGCUGGCUCUGAACCCAGUGCAGAGGCCAGAGAUGUAUAUCAUCGGAGCUCAGCCUCUGUGUAGCCAACUAACUGGGCUCUCGCCCGGGCAAAGGAAGCUUUGCCAACUCUACCAGGAUCACAUGGUGUACAUUGGAGAAGGAGCUAAGACUGGCAUCAAGGAGUGCCAACAUCAGUUCAAACACAGAAGGUGGAACUGCAGUACCGUGGACAAUAACUCCGUGUUUGGCAGGGUCAUGCAAAUAGGAAGCAGAGAGGCGGCAUUUACGUAUUCCAUCAGUGCCGCCGGGGUGGUUAACGCCAUCAGCCGUGCCUGCCGGGAAGGGGAACUGUCCACUUGCGGCUGCAGCCGGACACCCCGACCCAAGGAUCUGCCUCGGGAUUGGCUUUGGGGGGGCUGCGGGGACAAUGUAGAAUACGGCUACCGUUUCGCCAAGGAGUUUGUGGACGCACGGGAAAGAGAAAAGAAUUUCCCUAAAGGGUCAGAAGAACAGGCUCGCUCUCUAAUGAACCUCCAGAACAACGAGGCUGGGCGCAGGGCUGUGUAUAAGCUGGCUGAUGUGGCUUGCAAGUGCCAUGGUGUCUCGGGGUCCUGUAGCCUGAAGACUUGCUGGUUGCAGCUCGCUGAUUUCCGGAAAGUGGGCGAGUACUUAAAGGAAAAGUACGACAGUGCCGCCUCCAUGCGAUUGAAUAAGCGGAGCAAACUGGAACAGGUCAACCAACGCUUCAACCCUCCCACGGCGGAGGACUUGGUAUAUCUGGAUCCCAGUCCGGACUACUGUUUGUACAAUGAAACCACAGGCUCUCUGGGCACCCACGGGCGCCAGUGCAACAAGACGUCGGAGGGCAUGGACGGCUGCGAGCUGAUGUGCUGUGGGAGGGGCUACGACCAAUUCAAGACGGUGCAAGUGGAGCGGUGCCACUGUAAAUUCCACUGGUGCUGUUUUGUCAAGUGCAAAAAGUGCACUGAAAUCGUGGACCAGUACGUGUGCAAAUAACGUGGCGACUACCAUGAGGCCGCCUCACAUCGACUGCUGCCCACCUGUUCCCCCGUGAUUCCCUCCAUGCACCCCAUCCUUUUCCCCCACACGGAGAGUAAAAAUAGAUAUGUAUAGGGCAUAACAUUAUAUAUAUGUAGAUAUAUAUAUAUAUUUUUCUAUGUGUAUAAAGGAAGAUGAACUCCAGGAACUGACGCCCUGAUUAAUGGGGAAUGAGGGGAUUUAGGAACGAGGGCAGACCCCCUUGCUGUUGAACUGUGGGUUCACCCUGUUACCAAAGGACAGCGGCGUCCGAAGUUCGGCUACUGAGAACUCACAUGUGCCUAGAAAGAGCGGGCUGGCGAUGGGAGAUUUCGGGAUGCCCCCCCGUCCAGCACUUCUCUGCCAUGUUCCCAGAAUGUAAAUCUGCCCUGCCAUCUGUAGCCCGCAGACUUUACAGCCAGAAUGGACCUGGCAAAUGAAUAAGCCUCCAGGGCUACUGCUUGCCUCUGGACUGAUGGCCACAAUCCCUACUGGGAACUAAGGAAGAAAAACAAAAAUCAGCUUUGCCUAUUUUAUUAUAUAACGAAUCCAUCCCUACAGCACUGUAUACAUUUAAAGGGGAACUAGACUCUAUUUGGGUUUGUCUUUUCACUUUUGUUUUUCCUUAAAUAAACCAACGUAGAUGGGG